GGCUUCCUAGGAAAAAACGAAAAACAAAAUGAUAUUAUCAUUCAACUGCCAACAAAUACCAAGACAUUUACAUAUGUCAUUACAAAAGUAGGCAAGGCCAGAAAAUGCAGGACUUAACCGCCAAUAGUGCAGUUGAAAAAGAGUUGCACAUUCAUAACCUCUGGAAAUUUCCAAUGUGACCAAUGUGAAUACUGAAGACGCAACAUGAAGGUCGCUUCUUUCAACAUUCAGAGAUUUGGGAAAACAAAACUCUCGGAUCCAUUCGUGCUGAAAACCCUGGUUAAGAUAGUGUCACGUUACGACAUCAUUGUUAUUCUUGAGGUGGUGGAUUCCAGUGGAGAUGCUGUGGAUCAUUUUCUUGAAGAGCUCAAUGGGUUUAACAAGACACAUCAUUACACCAAAGAGAUUAGCACACGCCUGGGACGAGGAAAUUACAAGGAACAGUUUAUGUUCAUUUACAGGGACAACCUGGUGGAUUUGGUUGGGUCUUACCAAUAUGAAGACAAUCAGCCUGGAGACGAUGAUGCGUUCGCUAGGGAACCCUACAUUCUGAGAUUCAAAUGUCAUGAAACAGUAAUGGAAGAUUUGGUGCUGAUACCCGUCCACACAAAACCUGAGGAUUCAGUGAAAGAACUGGAUGAACUCUACGAUGUGUUUGAAGAUGUUAAGAAGAAAUGGAAGACUGACAACAUCAUGAUUUUGGGGGACUUCAAUGCAGAUGGCAGUUACGUGUCUAACAAGGCAAUGCAGAAAAUCAGAAUCCGAAGUGAUAAAAACUUCCACUGGCUGAUCGAUGAUGAUGAAGACACAACAGCCAGCACCAAAAACGACAAUACUUAUGACCGGAUUGUGGUGUAUGGAGACGAUAUGGUGAACGCUGUUGUUCCAAAUUCUGCAAAACCGUUCAACUUCCAGAAGGCCUACAAAAUAACAAAUGAGGAUGCGCUGAAAGUAAGUGAUCACUACCCAGUAGAGGUGGAACUCAAGAAACAGCAAAAACGCAAACAGAAAUGCAAGUAGCAGCAAAUUGACUCGGACUGAAAUCACAAAAUGAAAGCUAAACAAGCAAUAACACGAUACAUUUCUUUGUUUAGGUUAGACAAACAAGAUAUUGCGAGGUGGAACACUUGUGGAUGUGCUGGACUUCUACAGGGUGACCUCUCCAAAGACAAAAGGGACCCGAUCCAAACAUACACAGUGGCCGCAUUAAGUAUUUGGGCAAUUUAAUUGGAUUCAAUACAAAUUUAAUUGCAUUUGCAAACAAAUGAUGCAUUGACUAAUCAUCCGCUUUCAUUUUUAGUGGAUUGUCAGUUCAUCACAUUAACUAUGGAUAUGUACUUCAAUAUUGUUUGUUAUACUUUUGAACAAUAUAUCUACCGUUUUAUCAUUUCAAAGCUACUUUUGUUGUUGUUGUUAUAACAUGCCAAGACACAAGUGUACGUGUGACUUAUAUGACGUAUCCAAAUACUUUUUGGGGCCACUGUAGAUGGAAAGUUUGGAGACGAUUCAACCGUUUAUUUACAUGAGACAGAAUUUUAACUUUUGGGCAUUACAUAUUGUAUAUUUUUGCAAACUAUAAAUGUCACAAGAAUGUUUUUAUGAUAUUAAAAGAUCUGAAAUUUAAAUCUACAAUCAUUACAAAUUUUAUUUGUGAACAUUUUUUACAAUAGUAAUAUAAAGUAACAAAAAAAACAUUUGAUGUUGCCUCUAUAGGCCUAAAUGAAGAUCAGACGGUGUUCCUAAGCAUGUUCAAAAACA